UAUAACUUGAUCCAUAAAAAGUCAAAUUGGACAAUAAUUUUGGGACAAAAUUUUUUGAGCACAAUGGACAAUAAUUAUGGGACGGAGGGAGUAUGUCAUAAAAUCAUCACAUAUUUUAUUGCGAUUUCUUAGAAAACUAUAUAAUUCACUAAUGAAUUAUUGAAAGUGGUCAUGUAAAAAAUGAUGAAAAAAAGUUAAGCUUGCUUCAAUUUCAUCCGGUGACUAAGCAUAUUGAGCAAAAGCAUGCGCAACGAAAUAUUUUUGGGACAUCGAUCUAUCACAAGCUAUAAUAAGUUUCGCUUGAAAAUUUGAAAGAUGUGACAUGUUUAAUUGUUCUGAGGUGAAAAAAAUUUCCGCCUAACCGAGUUAAUUUUCUGAGUUUGCGUAUUUUUAUCAUAAAGUGCAAUCAAUCAAAACAUAUACUCCAUCUGUCCCAUAAUUAUUGUCCAGUUUAGAUUUUUAUUUUUAGUUCAUAUUGUACUAAAAGUGAAAUCUUAAAGUGGACAAUAAUUUUGGGACAGAGGGAGUAAUGCAUUUUGGACUGGGGCAGAAAAGAACUGUAAUGCAAUGCAAAGUCAGGCUUUUCCUUAGAUAUUGACUUUAUGUCAGGCCGAUUUCUGGAAUUGCGUAAACAAAUUGGGAUCAUUUGCAUUUGCAAUACUAAUGAUGAGGGUGGCCAAUCCGAACCCAUAGAGUCAUGGAAUUUGAUAAAAGGAUGUCGAAUUUACAAAAAUAACUAGCGGCGUUACAAACUACAAUAUGAUGAGUAUAUGGGCAAAGACGGAAGGGGCGUGAUUGCCUGCUUCCUCAAUAGAUAUGAAGAAGUCGAUUACUACGAUUGUUUUUUGAAACUUUACUACAAGAGCAAAACAUUAGGAUCUGUAAGAAUAAUAGCUAACAUUGGGUAUUGUUUACAAAAAAAACCAUCUAAUUUAAUAAAGAUGAUUUCCGAUUAUGCAUAAAAAUUUAUUCGAGACUUGUUAAGAAUUUAUACCCUUAUGCUCCAAAUAAAUUGCACUUGAAAUUUUCUCUCCUGUACCAGACAUUACAAUCAAUAUAUUUGUUUUUCGUACUACCAAAAUUAUUGGUUAUGUGUGAUUUAAAGCAGGAAACACUUCAAAAGUUAAAGCUGAGAACAUUAAACAUUAGUCUUGAAAAAUCCUACAAAUGAAAAUUUCAGUGUCCAGGUUGGGUAGCCAAAUCCAAAGGUUACGUGUCGAAAUUCAAAUUUAUACAGCAUAAUAUGCGGAUGGGAGAUUUAUUGGCUUCACUCGUGGAAAAAACUCCGACAAAUGUAUUCUGUAGUCUAUUUCACAUCAUCAAUAAAUACAUACACAUACCGUACACCAUUUCAUUAUCACAUUGUGUAUGUGUGUGUUUCAUUUUUUAUUUUAUUUUAUUUUAUUUUAUUUUUUUGUUUUUGCAUUUCAAACGUUUUUGAACAAAAUUUUCAAUUUUGUUUAGGUUUAUCAUUUCCAUUAUUAGUAUUUUCAAUUAUGUCUCGAUUUAUCAUUUCUAUCAUUCCAACAAAAUUUACAAAUUUUUUUCUAUUAUUAAUAGAAAGAACACAAAUGAAAAUUGCCCAUAAAGAUAAGGACAGUAAGUAACAUAUUCAUUUAGAUCUCAACUACCAACCAGACAAAUCAAAUUAAACACACAAUUCAUCCCUCCCAGCUAGCUCCUUCCCCAAUUCCUCGCUAUAAAUCCCUCUAUUUCCCAACCUCUAGAUUUACCAAAACUCCAAAUCAACCCGCGGUUUUAUGCACUAGUAUUUCUUUCCCUUUUAAUUAAGCCCUCCUUUUCUUUUUUGGCAAUCAUGGCCAGCAGCUCUUCACUAAAUUUCAAGCUGAUCUUCUACGUCGGCUUGGUGCUGGGCUUGUUGCUGGUCCAGCAGGCGCCUUGGGCCGAAGCCGUCAUCGGUUGUAACACCGUCUACAGCAGCUUGUCGCCAUGUUUAGGGUACAUUAGCGGUGGCCCUUUGAGCCCGGGGUGCUGCCCCGGAAUUAAAGGGCUUUAUCAACAAGCUUAUACGAAGCCCGACCGUCAGGCCAUCUGCGGCUGCCUGAAAAGCCUGGCUGCUAGUUACAGCUCCCGCAUUGGGAAGGCCAAAGAGAUUCUGAAUUUGUGCAAGGUCAAACUCCCUUACCAACUCAGCCCCAAUAUUGACUGCUCAAAGGUGAACUAAGGUUUGAAGAAAAUAAGGAGGGUGAAGGUGGUGAAGGGUACUUUUAUGAUCCAUCAAUUUGUUCUCAAGCAAAAUAUGUGUUUUGAAUAUGAAGAUUCUUGGGCUUUUGUAUAUCUUCAAGAGCAAGCUUAAUGACUUUUGUUUUGAGUAUUGUAGUUUACAACUUCUGUUGAUGUAGUACUUUUUUCGGCCAUUUUAGAAUGUGAGAACAUUCGGCUAGCUGUUUGAAAUAAUCUACUUACAUUAGAGAAAAAUUAAAGUGUUAUUUGUUGGUAACACCAUGUUCUCAUGUACCCGGCCCACAAAAUAAAUAUCUUUCUGGUAUUAUUACAUCUGUGAUAUGUCUCUUCCUAGCUACUUUCAUAGCUUUCAUUGAAUGGUGAUAUCGUUCCCAAAAUU